AUGGAUCCACUUAAAUAUCUUAUCGAGAAAUCUACACUAAAUGGGCGAAUAUCAAGUUGGAUAGUCAACUUAGCCCAAAUUGAUGUAAGAUUCAUGCCCCAAAAGGCUAUUAAAGGAUUCGUGGUUUUAGAAUUCUUAGCAGACUUCCUAAUAGAUGAUUCAACACCAGUGCACGAGAAUGACUUUCCAGACGAAGACUUGAUGGUCACAAAAGAUGAUAUCUGGACUCUAUACUUUGACGGAGCCUCAAACCAAAAGGAAUGUGGAGUAGGAGUAUUAUUGGUAUCCCCUAAAGAGGAACAUGUUCCUAUCUCCAUAAAGCAUGAUUUCAACGUUACCAACAAAGCUGCAGAAUAUGAAGCAUGCGUGGUAGGCCUCGAAACAGCAUUGGUAUUUGGAGUAAAGAAACUUCGAAUAUUCGGAGAUUCUUCGUUGAUCGUCAACAAAAUUUCCAAGAGAUGGAAAGUAACGAGUGAAAGCUUGGCCCCUUACCAAACCUACCUGGAAACUCUCAUAAAUUAA